AUGAGUGUGAUCUGCGUCCUCAUCUGGACUCUCCUCUGCUGCUGCUUCACAGAGUCCAGAGGACAGGUCACAGUGACUCAGCCUGGAGCAGUGAGCUCCACUGUGGGAGGAUCUGUCUCCAUCUCAUGUAGAACCAGUCAGAAUGUUCAUGGCAACAACUGGUUAGCCUGGUAUCAACAGAAAGAUGGAGAAAAGCCUAAACUACUAUUUCAAUAUGUUGGCAGCAGAGUAUCAGGAACUCCAACUCGUUUUUCAGAUGGUGGAUCAAACUCUGAUUUCACUCUGACCAUCAGUGGAGUUCAGGCUGAAGAUGCAGCAGUUUAUUACUGUCAGAGUUUUCAUGUCAUCAACAGUCAGUAUUUUGUAUCACUGUGGUGGACUUUUGGUGGAGGAACCAGACUGGAUGUUGGAAGUGAUGCCCCGCCCUCCCUGACCGUGCUCCUCUCCUCCACCAAGGAGCUGCAGCAGGGGAAGGCCACACUCAUGUGUGUGGCCAACAAGGGCUUCCCCUCAGACUGGACUCUGUCCUGGAAGGUGGUCGGCAGCAGCAGCAGCAACUGGGAGGAGAGCAGGAGCCCCGGGGUGCUGCAGAAGGACGGCCUCUACAGCUGGAGCAGCACCCUGAGGCUCUCUGCAGACCAGUGGGAGAAGGUGACCUGUGAGGCCAAGAGAAGAUCCCAGACUGCAGUCUCAGAGACUCUCAGGAGAGACCAGUGCUCCCAGUCCUGAACUGAAGCAUUCCCAUAACUGUUCUCUUUAAUUGCUUCUUUCAAUUUUUUAUUCAAUUGACAAAAUCUUCCUUUUCAUUGUUGCAUUUUUAAAGGCUGAAAUAAACACUUGUCAUCUUU